GAAGGCGACGCCCCUGCACGAAGGAGUCAGGCCUAGGGGCUCGGGACCCAGGGCGACACUCAAUUUUCUAACAGGAGCCACAGCCCAGAAGCUGAGCAGCCUUCCGGCCGAUCUGUGGCCCUGAGGUCGCCCUUGGAGGGCGAGUGAGAACCCCCGAGGCGUUCCGGAGGUGGCGCCCGGCCCGAACCCGGCGCCCGCCCCGGCCCCCGAGUCAGGUCUUUGCCCCGCCUCUCGGCCCACGGCCUGGGCGGCAAGCAGGGCUGCAGUCACGGGGCGGCGCGGAGGGCCCCAGCCCGGUUAGGGGUGUGGUCGCCGCCACCGUAAGGCUAGGCCGCGAGCCUAGUCCUGGGAGCCGCCUCCGUCGCCGCCGUCAGAGCCGCCCUAUCAGAUUAUCUUAACAAGAAAACCAACUGGAAAAAAAUGAAAUUCCUUAUCUUCGCAUUUUUUGGUGGUGUUCACCUUUUAUCCCUGUGCUCUGGGAAAGCUAUAUAUAAGAAUGGCAUCUCUAAGAGGACUUUUCAAGAAAUAAAAGAAGAAAUAGCCAGCUAUGGAGAUGUUGCUAAAGCAAUCAUCAACCUAGCUGUUUAUGGUAAAGCCCAGAACAGAUCCUAUGAGCGACUGGCACUUCUGGUUGAUACUGUUGGACCCAGACUGAGUGGCUCCAAGAACCUAGAAAAAGCCAUCCAAAUUAUGUACCAAAACCUGCAGCAAGAUGGGCUGGAGAAUGUUCACCUGGAGCCAGUGAGAAUACCCCACUGGGAGAGGGGAGAAGAAUCAGCUGUGAUGGUGGAGCCAAGAAUUCAUAAGAUAGCCAUUCUGGGUCUUGGCAGCAGCAAUGGGACUCCUCCAGAAGGCAUUACAGCAGAAGUUCUGGUGGUGACCUCUUUCGAUGAACUGCAGAGAAGGGCCUCAGAAGCAAGAGGGAAGAUUGUUGUUUAUAACCAACCUUACAUCAACUACUCGAGGACGGUGCAAUACCGAACGCAGGGGGCAGUGGAAGCUGCCAAGGUGGGGGCUUUGGCAUCUCUCAUUCGAUCCGUGGCCUCCUUCUCCAUCUACAGUCCUCACACAGGUAUUCAGGAAUACCAGGAUGGCGUGCCCAAGAUUCCAACAGCCUGUAUUACGGUGGAAGAUGCAGAAAUGAUGUCAAGAAUGGCUUCUCGUGGGAUCAAAAUUGUCAUUCGGCUAAAGAUGGGGGCAAAGACCUACCCAGAUACUGAUUCCUUCAACACUGUAGCAGAGAUCACUGGGAGCAAAUAUCCAGAACAGGUUGUACUGGUCAGUGGACAUCUGGACAGCUGGGAUGUUGGGCAGGGUGCCAUGGAUGAUGGCGGUGGAGCCUUUAUAUCAUGGGAAGCACUCUCACUUAUUAAGGAUCUUGGGCUGCGUCCAAAGAGGACUCUGCGGCUGGUGCUCUGGACUGCAGAAGAACAAGGUGGAGUUGGUGCCUUCCAGUAUUAUCAGUUACACAAGGUAAAUAUUUCCAACUACAGUCUGGUGAUGGAGUCUGACGCAGGAACCUUCUUACCCACUGGGCUGCAAUUCACUGGCAGUGAAAAGGCCAGGGCCAUCAUGGAGGAGGUUAUGAGCCUGCUGCAGCCCCUCAAUAUCACUCAGGUCCUGAGCCAUGGAGAAGGGACAGACAUCAACUUUUGGAUCCAAGCUGGAGUGCCUGGAGCCAGUCUACUUGAUGACUUAUACAAGUAUUUCUUCUUCCAUCACUCCCACGGAGACACCAUGACUGUCAUGGAUCCAAAGCAGAUGAAUGUUGCUGCUGCUGUUUGGGCUGUUGUAUCUUAUGUUGUUGCAGACAUGGAAGAAAUGCUGCCUAGGUCCUAGAAACAGCAAGAAAGAAACAUUUUCAUGCUUCUGGCCAGGAAUCCUGGGUCUGCAACUUUGGAAAACCCCUCUUCACGUAACAAUUUCAUCUAAUUCAUCUUCAAAGCACAACUCUAUUUCAUGCUUUCUGUUAUUAUCUUUCUUGAUACUUUCCAAAUUCUCUGAUUCUAAAAAAAGGAAUCAUUCUCCCCUCCCUGCCAUCACAUAGAAUCAACAUAUGGUAGGGAUCAUAGUGGGGGCAUUUCUUUAUAUCACCUCUUAAAAACAUUGUUUCCACUUUAAAAGUAAACACUUAAUAAAUUUUUGGAAGAGCUCUGA